AUGCCUGGGUUCUUUUUUUUUGGGGAGGCAGGACCCCUGGGAAGCUGUGGGGGAAUCCCCAGGGGGCAGUUCAGGACAGGGUGGGGGAGUGGGGUGUCAUUGCCUCCUGGCUCAAGGCUUUCAGGGCCCCUGGGCAGAGAACCCAGGCAUCCGGGUCCAUCUCCUCCCCCUCCCCGUCCCCCAGGGCAGCCGUGCCAGCAUGACCCGUCCUUCCGGGGCCCCAUCCAGAAACGGAGCUGCACCGAUAUCAUCUGCUGUGUCCUCUUCCUUGUCUUCAUCGCUGGCUACAUGGUCGUGGGCAUCCUCGCCUGGCUCUACGGGGACCCCCGGCAGGUGGUCUACCCCCGCAACUCCACCGGUGCCUACUGCGGCAUCGGGGGCAACCGGGACAAGCCCUUUGUGCUGUACUUCGACCUGCUGCAGUGCGUCCCCUCCAUUGGGGCCUUGGCAGCUGCCCUGGAUGGGCUGCAGUGCCUCACACCCCAGGUCUGCGUCUCCUCCUGUCCCGAGACGUUCUGGACAGUGCCGGUCACUGCAUUCACGUCACCAGGGCAGAGACCCAACCAGGUCUGGACUGCAGAGCUCGAGCGACUGUGUCAGCCCGGCCUCAACCUCACGGACACCCACCUGACAGCAGCACAGAUUAUCAGGCGGGACCUGUGCCCUCGAUACACCAUCCCGAGCAAACCCAUCUUGAACCGCUGCUUCCCCUGGUUGAGCUUCAGCCUGGAUGGACUCAGCCCCAACGGUACCCAGGAGGCCCUCGCUGCUGGCGUCCGGCAGAUUAUGACGUCCCUCGACGCCAGGGACAUCAGUGUGAAGAUCUUCGAGGAUUUUGCCCAGAGCUGGUACUGGAUCCUCAUCGGGCUGGUGAUAGCCAUGGCGCUGAGCCUGCUCUUCCUGCUGCUGCUGCGAUUCGUGGCUGGCAUCCUGGUCUGGCUGCUCAUCAUUGGCGUCCUCGGCCUCGGCGCCUAUGGUAUCUACCACUGCUGGCGGGAGUACAGCACCCUGCGCGCAGCCGGUGCCUCCAUCACCUCCGUGGGCUUCAGCACUGACCUCAGUGUCUACGGAAGUGUCAAGGAGACAUGGCUGGCUGCCUUGAUCGUGCUGGGCGUGGUGGAGGGCAUCCUGCUCCUCCUCCUCAUCUUCCUUCGCACCCGCAUCCGCAUCGCCAUCGCCCUGCUGCAGGAGGCCAGCCGAGCCAUUGGCUACAUGAUGUUGUCCAUCCUCUACCCGCUCGUCACCUUCGUUCUCCUCAUUAUCUGUGUGGCCUAUUGGGGCAUGACGGCCCUGUACCUGGCCACAUCAGGGACCCCCCUGUACCGUGUCACCCCCAAUAAUGCCAGUGCCCCUGGCUGCUCUGCUGUCUCCGGCAACCAGUCCUGUGACCCCUUGACAUUCAACGCGUCACAGUGGCUGCCAUGCGUGACCGGCUGCACGUUCCUGGCAUAUGACACCAAGGGGCUGCUCCAGCGCAACCUCUUCAACCUGCAGAUCUACAACGUGCUGGGGCUGCUGUGGGUGGCUAACUUUGCCCUUGCACUGGGCCAGUGCGUCCUGGCUGGUGCCUUCGCCUCCUACUACUGGGCCCGUGACAAGCCCCGCGACAUCCCCCCCUGUGCCAUCAGCGCUGCCUUCCUGCGCACCCUCCGGUACCACGUGGGCUCUCUGGCCUUCGGGGCACUGAUCCUCACCAUUGUCCAGCUCAUCCGCAUCUUCCUUGAGUACCUGGACCAUAAGCUCAAAGGUGCUGAGAACCCCCUGACCCGGUGCCUGCUCUGCUGCCUCAAGUGCUGCUUCUGGUGCCUGGAGAAGUUCAUCGAGGGGGUCCCAGUACCCCCUGCCCCCCAGAUCGCCAUCUACGGGAAGAACUUCUGCGUCUCGGCCAAAAAUGCCUUCAGCCUCCUCAUGCGCAACAUCCUCAGGGUGGUGGUGCUGGACAAGGUGACGGACCUGCUGCUGUUCUUCGGGAAGCUACUGGUGGUGGGGGGCAUCGGGGUCCUGGCCUUCUUCUUCUUCUCGGGCCGUCUGCCUGGCGCUGGCUCCACGCCCCCUGCACUGCACUACUACUGGCUGCCCAUCAUCACGGUGGUGGCUGGCGCCUACCUCAUUUCCCACGGCUUCUUCAGCGUCUACAACAUGUGCGUGGACACCCUCUUCCUCUGCUUCUUGGAGGACCUGGAGCGGAAUGACGGCAGUGUGGAGAAGCCCUACUACAUGUCCAAGCCCCUCAUGAAGAUCCUCCACAAGAAGAACAAGACCAAGGACAAGGACAAGGCCAAGGACAAAGACAAGGAAAAAGUCAAGGCCAAGGACAAGGCGAAGAAGUAGCUGCCAGCUCCUGGCCUGCCCCUACUUCCUGUUGGCCAUCUUGUCUUCACGGCCUUCUCCCAUUCACAGGCUUUGGCCUGGCAGCAACACUUCCUGUUGGCUAUAUUGUUGUCUUGGCCAACUCCUGACAACUCCCUGGCCUGUUGACAGCACUUCCUGGUGCCCAUUUUGGUGCCUUAGCCAACUCCCUGCCCCAUUGGCAGCACUUCCUGGUGGCCAUCUUGCCCUGGCCAACUCCACAGCCAAUUGAAAGCACUUCCUGUCAGCCCCUCGUGCCUUAGCCUGUUGGCAGCCCUUCCUGGUGGCCAUCGUUUUGCCUUGGCCAACUCCCGCCAACCCAUUGGCAACACUUCUUGUCAGCCAUCUUGUUGCCACCACCAACUCCCCUGCCCAUGGGCAGCACUUCUGGGUGGCCAUUUUAUCAUCCCAGCUAGCUCCCCCCGCCCUGCCCAUCAAUGGCACUUCCUGUCAGCCAUCUUACCCUCCCUCCCUCCCGCUUAUUAGCUGGCUCCAAAUGGGUGACUUGGGUCUUUCCAGUUGGCUCUGCACUUUAGUGGCACUUGGUGCUCUUCCCAUCGGCCAUGUUGUCCUGAGUUGCCGUGGGUUCCUGCUGUUUCAUGUCAGCCAUCUUGGAUUUCUGGCCUACUCCGCAAGGGCCGAUUCCUGCCCAUGAGCUGACCUCCAUCUGGCACCUCCCGUCACACCCUACCCUCUCAGCCCUACUUCCUGCAGGACGGGAACCUGCCAGCUCCCAUUGGCUUACAGCGGCCUCCACAUCAUCGUGCCUUGGCCAGUAGCGUAGCGAUGGUGGUGGGGGCAACACUGGGAAACACUGAUCCCCUGGCGCUGGAGACCCACAGUAUGCCACUGGCCCUGGCGCCUCCUAGUUUGACCCCAAUGCCCCCGAUGCUCCGGUUCCUGUCCGCCACGUUGGAUGUUAAGGCCUACCCCAUUGGCUGGCAACAGCUGCCUCCCUCUGGAGGGCCGACCACCUUCAUCUCUGCUGCUCUGUCCCCACCACCCUCCACGCUCCACCGUCAGCCACCCUGCUUUCCCAAAACAUUCCCCUCCUUUCCCCACUUCCUGUCCAUAACUCCCUCACUUCCUGCCCUGUCUCUAUGGCAUCCCCCCAGUGAAGUACUGUACAGAAGGGCUGUUUUUUCCACCCUCUUUUUUUCAGAUUUUUAUGGAAUAUUUUAUAAUCCGAAUGAGUAUCUAAUAAUAAUAAUAUAAUAAUAAUAAUAAUCGUAAUAAUAA